AAGAAGAGGGGGGCAGGUAGCGAGUGACAGCCGAAGUGAACCGAUGAGUAGUCCGUAAAACUGGAUCGACGGUGGUUUUACCGGACAGCUCGGUGAAGACACUGUAGUYAAGAUUGCUGACGUUCAGKAGUCACAGCUCGCYACUUKGUGCCGACUAGUUGGUGAACUCGUYCUAGCAGAUGUCCGUGAUGGCAACCUGAGUGGACACUGUUGCUUCGAGAGGUAACGCUAGCAGCGGACAUCUAGCGAGCAAAAAGCUAAACCAGUAAGCGGUGUUUACUGUCCCAUAGAGUAGCCCGCUUCUGUAGCCUGUCAGGGUAUCCACAACACGUCAGGUGGUCGGGAACUCCGUUAAGAUGGGUGACAUAAACCCAUCGACAUCUCAUGCAUUUCAGUCGGAGAGUUUCAGUCCGCCGUACCGGAGGAGGAGAACGGUGGAGGAUUUUAACAAGUUUUGCACUUUUGUGUUGGCCUACGCCGGAUACAUCCCUUACCCGCAAGAGGACUCUCCGCUGCGCAGUAGCUCCAGCCCWCCCAACAGCACAGGCAGCACCGCUGACAGUGAUGGCUGGACCCCGGGACKCCCAGCCUCCUGUCCCUCGCGUCCUACGAAGAUCCCUCAAGACAGAAACAGGAAACGACCUCAACCUGGACCCAUGCUUUCUGCUCAUCCUAAAAGAGAACUCACAAUCACAAGUCUGCAUCCAGAUGACCACAGGAAAGCUGACAAACUGAAGAAGAAGAAGAGGAGGAAGGAGAAGGAGCACCACUCCGACGAGGAAAGCAGGUCACAGCAGAGCCACACACCAGAACCACAGGCGCAGUCUCCACUGUCCUUCGGUGGCCGGAUGAUCAAAGAAGAGCCCGAAGAUGAUCUCAGCAUCCCCCUCCACCCCCAGUGCCUGCCCAGCCCUUCUCCCUGCAAGGAGGAGCCGAAGGAGGAACCCAAGGAGGAGCGCCGACACUGGGAUGGUCGGGACCUUGAAGAAGGGGUGGUCAAGGUUCAGAAAGUGGAGGGCUUUUCAGGAAGCCGAACCGUGUUUCGCCAGGGGAAACAAGUGGUGUUCCGAGACGAAGACGGCUCAGGAGAGGAUGAGGACAUAAUGGUGGACUCAGACGACGACUCGUGGGACCUGGUGACAUGUUUCUGCAUGAAGCCGUUCGCGGGCCGAGCCAUGAUCGAAUGUAACAAGUGCAACACCUGGAUCCACCUGUCGUGCGCCAAGAUCCGCAAGAGCCACGUGCCAGAGACAUAUGUGUGCCAAAGCUGCCGAGACAUACACGGACCCCCAGACGCCCGCCGCUCCCACCGCUCACGGGUAGGAUCCCGCAAACACCUGCUGGACUGACCCCACCGAGGGCCCAACCUGAAACUCUAUGGACCCUCCUCCCUUUGCAUCUGUCAGACCGACCCUUCCUUAAAAUCAGGUCUUGCACCCUUCAGUGUCUGUCCUCCAUGGUCAGCGAUGAACCCACAUUUUCUAAAAAAAACAAACACUUUGGUGGACCUAACCCAAACCCUUAUCCCAUUUGGAAAUGGUUUGAGUGCUGUUUUAGAUUUCCUAGGGUUUGUUUCUGCUUCCUACAGACUCUGUGCGUAAGGCAAUCACUGAAUGGAUAUUUGUCUGUAGAUGACACAGAAAGCAGCAGACUGCUACUGUUAGAGACUCGCUACACUGGAAUCAUUUGAACUGCCAUAUGUAGAGAAUACCCUCACAACUGCCACCCACUAAUGGUGCAUGCUGGGAUUGAUGGGGAAAGAUGGUUUGCACUUUUUUUUCCUCACAUUUUUUUUAAAUAAUUUUAUUUUAAAAUAUAUAUAUAUAUAUAUGACUUUUUUUGUCACAGAAACAUGUGUCUAUUCUGAUGAAACUGGAUUUGUUUUCUCUCGGAUGCCUCUUUUAAUGUUACACAACUAGCCAUUUAAAAUAAGUAAACGAGUAAAAGCCUUGUGUUUAUUGCUUCAGAUGGUGCUAUCGUAUUAUGCUGAGGUAUAAUCCAGUAGAACAAAGAUGCAGGGUAAAAGGCUAAAGUCUGCAUCUGCUUCAUCUGUGUGUUCUUUUGUGUCGUUAUUUAAGACGCGGUGAAAGAAUAUCAUUGUGACUCUGAACCAAUCACUUGUUCUCUUCCCCUCCACUUUACAAACCGUCUUCCAGCCUCACAAUCCAGAUGUUAGUCGACUGUAUGUGGAGACCUCACAACCUGUUUCUCAGUGUUUUAAGUGUUCAUAGUUCAUUAAAAUCUUUUUUAAAAGAAAUUGUAAUCAAAAAGAAGAAAAAGAAACAUAAAACUUAAAAGAAUCRGAUAGAACAGCAGUUUUUAGUUGCUUCUGGUCAGUAUGACUUCGCUGCAUUUCACGACAGUAUUGAGCUGUAGUUUUGUUCUCGACUGUUUUUGUUUUUAGUUGUUAACAGACUCAAGGCAAUGACGAAAUGUUCAGAGACAAAUAUAUUUCUGUAAUGGAUUGUUUUAACAUUAACAGAAGGAAAUGAUUGUAACCAGAGUUGUCUGGAAGAGAGAUUUGCUUAAUAGUCCAGGUUAAAAUAUGCAUGUGAGUGAUGGAGGUGCCAUGUUGUGCCAGAAGUUGUCUCAUCUGAAAUCCUUGGGGUUUUCUUUUUUUUUUCUUUCAAGGUGGGAACCAUUGCUUUAUUUUAGCUCUGCAGGAGCAGAUUUCGGUUCCUUACAUCAUCAUUUUCAUAGCAGUAUUCACUUCCAUAUAAAGCAAGUUUAAUGAAAAAGGUUUUGUUUUCUUUAUUAAGACUUGCUCCAAUUCAGAAAAAAAAGUAAGCUUUGUGAUUCACGUGCCAUCUGUUGUCAGGCCUGUGUGUGUAGACUAAUUAUUGUUUCUGAUUAUUCUAUAAAAAGCCAUACUGUAGACAGAUCUUAGUCCAGAAUGGGGUUUUACAAUGCAGAAUCAAGGACUUGACCAGGAAACGGCUAACAACCACAAUGAAUGUUUUAGUUCUUAAAACUUAAGAGUUUCAAAGUGAUUAAGCUUUUUAUUUUGUGCACUCUUCUGAUGUUUCACAAAUGUCGGUUAGCUGGAUUCUACCAACAAUCGUUGAGGUUGUGUUUUUAAGACGUUUCGGACCAUUAACCAGAAAAUAAUUUGUCAAUCCUCGGGAUGUUUUGUCUUAGAAUCUGAGGACCUAAAGGCACAAAAUCCAAAAGUUGCUGUGUGCGUCUUAAAGACAUGAAUAUGGUUUAAGAAAGCUCAUUGUGAUAGGCUUGUUUAUUCUGAUCCUGGGUUGUCCUGUCCCCUUACUGAGAAGGCGUUGUCUGUGCUGUGUUCAAACUGUUUCUGUGAAACUAUUGUAAACUAUUGUAAAUAAAGAGGUACCAUUUUACCCUGAUUAAGACUUUUUUUAAAGCACUGUCAUUUUAAGCAAUGCAUAUCACCUGCCAGCUUUUAUAUCUGAUCUUAUGUUGAGAAAUAAAGGUUAUUAGUUUGGUUGAACCUUAUGAGCAAA